AUGUGUAGUAUGGGACCGGAUCCGUUGUGGAGUAGCACAUCGACGGCAGCCGCGGCAUUCGCGAUCGCUACCUCGGCUUCCAGCAAUCCAAGGGACGAGCCCCCCGAAGUGGAAGCCAGGAACCGAAAGGAAUCCGUGGUCAGUUCGCCGGCCACGAUGCGGGUCCUCAAUGUGCUGCGGCACUGGGUCUCGAAGCACUUCCAGGACUUCGAGCAGGAUGCAGCUCUGCGCUCCCAGACGAUAACCUUCCUGGACGACAUCACCUGCAGUCCGAAUCUAUUGCCCACCGAGCAUCGAGCUGCAUCCCAACUGCUGAGGCUGCUCUGCCGGGACGACAUCGACAGCGGGAAACAGAGGCUGGAAAUGCUGCUGACGCCCCCGCAGACUCCGAGCAAGGAAAGCAUCGAAACGUUGUCGGCUUUGGAAAUCGCCGAACAGAUGACAUACCUGGAUCAUCAGAUCUUUCUGGCCAUCCGAAGCGAGGAGUUUCUCGGUCAGGCGUGGAUGAAAUCUGACAAGAAGUCACGUGCAGAACAUAUCAUUCUUAUGACGAAGCGCUUCAACGACGGCUCUCGGUUGGUUUGCUCCGAGAUUGUGUCCAGCAAUUAUUGCUACCUCUUGCUGUUGUUAAUCUUUGCCUUGACCUACGACAAUAUGCCACAAGGAAAGCACAUGAUUUCUAACUGGGAAACGAUCGAGUGCCAACAGGAAAGCUUCAAUAGAAAUAGGGACUUAAUCCCGGCGAGAUAG